AUGUGGAAACAGGGAUAUAUCUCUUUAUGUUUGCUGUUAGUUAUUUGCUCGAAUGCUUUAUGCUUUGAGACAAGACAAAGUUGCAGUGGGAUUGAUUAUACGCAGUGCUACGAUGUUCCUAAAUUCGACGAAUCUCUUUCAAUGUGGCACUGCUCUUGUGAGUUGUAUGGUUUGAGUAUGAAUGUUUGUGGAGAUUUUCUGCAUCUUGAUGCCAAUACAACAGAAAAUAGCAGUGACGACUAUUUGUUUUCGGACUACAUCAUCGACAAUUCUACUGUCAAUGCUAAUGACUCAUUUGAAGGUCGAUAUAUCCGUUUCUUGGCUAGGUAUUCUGAAUGUGUAAACGUUGGAAAAAGACAGUAUUAUACAACGUUUACUAUAAUUGGCAAAUGCCCCGAACAUUGGAAAGAUGAAGUUGUUCGGACCCAAUGUGAAAACCAAUCACAAGAGUUACCACCAAUUGAAUUGAAUGCGCAAUACAGAUUUGUUUUUAGAAAUAUAUUUUGUGCAGUAUGUCAUGGGUUAUCAGAGGAUUUCGUUAGAAGCAACGUGAUCAUCUGGGAAGCAAGUAUGAGCUGCUCCAACAACGACAAAUUACCAUUGGCAGACUCUAAACCACGGAUAGAUGAUUCCCACUGCAGCACCGUUUAUUCUAGACCUAAACAAAAGCAAACCAGUGAAGCAAACGGGGAGGAUAUCAUUAACUAUGAUUGUAUCUCAUGUGCUGAAGAUCUACGCCAAGAUACGUCAACUACAAGUUUAAACUGCAUUGUGUGUCAGUUAGGAAUCUUUCUCUUUGAAUUUUCACCACUACCAACUCUACCAUUCGAAUCACUUUCAGUUCUUUUUGAAAUACCUACACAGAAGGAAUCGAACAUCUUUAUAAAUGGUGACAUUUUUACAUCAAGUCAGUUAUGUAAGGAUGACGAGAAUCUCGAUCUACUGUAUCAGAGAUGUCGCAAGUUUGUUUGCCCUGCUGGUCAAUUUCCAUUAGAAGGCCGGUGUCAGGAGGAGUCUAAAGUGUUUGUAUCCCCAGAAUUUCAACCCUUUCCUAAUAACUCUCGAACGUUCGACAUCAAUAUAACAUUUGAAGACAGACUGGCUAAUUUAUUUGACGUCAUAACGUUGAUGACGUCUAAAGUAGACAUGGAGUUUAUUCAAGAUUUUGAAGAGGAAUUUGCUUCAUUGAAAAUUGAAUCCAAUAUCCCAAUUUCCAAACUGCUAAAUAAUUGGAGCAAACAACCUAUCCGAUUUUUGUCUGGAGUAGUUCUUACCUUACAAAUGAACAAUAUAAACCGAACAGAUAACGAGACAUGUUUGAAUGACGAUUUCCGAUGUAUCCAGCAUACCCCUGUCUAUUUUCUGAACAGUAAACCGUUCUCACGUGUUGAUAUUGGUUCUAAAAGUUUCAUGUAUCCACUUGAUAAUAUUAUGUAUGAUUUAACAAUUGACAAGGGAAACUCGUCGUUGGUAUUUAAUGAAGUUUGCGUCUGUUUCCAAGAAGUUGAGGAGAAUAAUUCGUCUGCUUCCAUCAACUGUUCAGGUCCUAUGUAUGAAUACAAUGAACAUGAGUAUAUUCUUAUAGGAAACCAUAGUUUGGAACUUGUUGAACAGAAGCUGCGAAUUGAUGAAAGUCAGUACUACUUUAAAGGAAAUGUGGCUGUUAUUUGUCAUGAUGAAAUGGAACUGAAAGAUUUUCAGUUUUUCAAAUAUGACGAGAUUCAAGGCUAUAUUUCUAUCGUUUGUACGGCCAUAUCUGUCUUUUUUCUUCUCGUUUCCUUAGUCAUAUUUGCCAUGUUUACAGAAUUGCGGACGCUUCCUGGCAAAAUGACCGCAAGCUUGUCAGGACUGCUUAUAAUAGCCCAAUGUCUUCUUUACCUCCCUCAAAUGCAUGUUGGUGUCUGCAAAUAUGUAGCUGCUUUUACCCAUUUUUGCUGGUUAUCAGUGUUCACAUGGAUGAAUUGCAUUGGUGGUAACAUGGUAAUCACAUUCCAUCCUACAUUGAUGCUGGCUCACAGAGCAUUGAAAGAGAACAAUGCGUUUUGGCGAUAUUGUGUCAUUGCUUUGUUGGGCCCCCUUAUAUUGUGUGUUGUGCUUUUGGUUCUUGAUGUAAUUGAAGGUGAUCAUUACCAUAUAAGGUAUGGUGAAAUAAACUGUGUUUGGAUGGGUGAUCAUUAUGGAUUUAUUUUCGGAUUUUUCGUACUCGUAGCCUUGACCAUUGUUUUUAAUAUCAUAUGUUUUUGUGUUACUUUGUAUGAAAUUGAAAAAUCAAUGAAAACAUCCGAUGACAUCACUGGUAGAAAACGUGAUCGUAGCCGAUGUCACAUGUACAUAAGGUUAUCAUCUGUUAUGGGAUUUUCGUGGAUUUUUGGUUUCGUUGCGGUUUUCGGUGAUAUUCCGGUUUUAUGGUACGUUUUUAUAGUUUUAAAUGGACUACAGGGAGUGUUCAUAUUCAUUUCAUUCACCGUCAAUGCCAGAACACGUGGCUUAUUGCGAACCUGGAUAUCAGAAAAGACAUUUUCGUCGGUUGUCAGAAGCCCCGAUACAGCGUGA